AUGGAGGAGCUGGGCGAGGAGAAGUUUGGGAAAGUUUAUAAGGGUCACCUGUUUGGUACAACGCCAGGCGAGCAGACGCAGACAGUUGCCAUCAAAACCCUCAAGGAUAAAGCCGACUUAGCCCUCCGGGAAGAAUUUAAACAUGAAGCGAUGAUGAGGUCAAGGUUACAGCACCCAAAUAUUGUUUGCUUACUGGGAAUAGUGACGAAAGAGCAGCCCAUCAGUAUGAUUUUUAGCUACUGUUCCCAUAGCGACCUGCACGAGUUUUUGGUUAUGAGAUCCCCUCAUUCUGAUGUCGGCAGCACUGAUGACGACAAGACCGUGAAGUCAACACUGGAGCCAGCAGAUUUUUUCCACAUUGUGACUCAGAUAGCGGCAGGGAUGGAAUACCUGUCAAGCCAUCACGUUGUCCACAAAGAUUUAGCCACUAGAAAUGUAUUGGUGUUUGACAAACUCAGUGUGAGAAUAUCCGACUUGGGCCUUUUCAGGGAAGUCUAUUCUGCUGACUACUACAAACUCAUGGGGAACGCUCCGCUGCCUAUACGGUGGAUGUCCCCUGAGGCAAUCAUGUAUGGCAAGUUUUCCAUUGAUUCCGACAUCUGGUCCUACGGAGUGGUAUUGUGGGAGAUCUUCAGCUACGGCUUGCAGCCUUACUGUGGCUAUUCCAACCAAGAUGUCAUCGAGAUGAUAAGAAACAGGCAGUUUUUGCCGUGUCCCGACGACUGCCCUGCGUGGAUGUACUCGCUGAUGUUGGAAUGUUGGAACGAAUUUCCCAACCGAAGGCCAAGAUUCAAAGACAUCCACAACAGGCUGAGAACCUGGGGGAACUUGUCGAAUUACAACAGCUCGGCACAAACGUCUGGGGCGAGCAACACCACGCAAACCAGUUCCCUCAGCACAAGCCCCGUUAGCAAUGUCAGCAACACUAGGUACGUUGGACCAAAACAGAAAGCACAAGCUUUCCCUCAGCCACAGUUCAUCCCAAUGAAAGGACAGAUACGGCCGAUGGUUCCACCACCUCAACUCUACAUUCCCGUCAAUGGUUACCAACCGAUGCCGGCCUACGGAGCUUAUUUGCCCAAUUUUUAUCCCGUGCAGAUCCCGAUGCACAUGGCUCCUCAGCAGAUGGCUCCUCAGAUGAUUCCAAAACCAGGAUCCCAUCACAGUGGCAGUGGUUCCACAAGCACGGGAUACGUAACAACCGCUCCCUCCAAUGCCUCGGUGGCGGACAGGGCUGCUCUGCUGUCUGAAGGUGCAGACGAUGCACACGCCGCAGAAGAUGUUGCUCAGAGUCUGGUCCAGGAAGAGGAGGAGGAAGAGGGCUCAGUGCCCGAAACAGAAUUAUUGGGUGAUAAUGACACUCUUCAGAUGGACGAGGCAGAAUUCCAGACAGAAGCCUAG